AUGGAGGCGCGCGGGGAGCUGGGCCCCGGCCGGGAGGCGGCGGGCGGCGACCUGCUGCUAGCGCUGCUGGCGCGGCGGGAGGACCUGCGCCGAGAGAUCCCGCUGUGCGCUGGCUGUGACCAGCACAUCCUGGACCGCUUCAUCCUCAAGGCCCUGGACCGCCACUGGCACAGCAAGUGCCUCAAGUGCAGCGACUGCCACACGCCCCUGGCCGAGCGCUGCUUCAGCCGCGGGGAGAGCGUGUACUGCAAGGACGACUUCUUCAAGCGCUUCGGGACCAAGUGCGCCGCGUGCCAGCUGGGCAUCCCGCCCACGCAGGUGGUGCGCCGCGCCCAGGACUUCGUGUACCACCUGCACUGCUUCGCCUGCGUGGUGUGCAAGCGGCAGCUGGCCACGGGCGACGAGUUCUACCUCAUGGAGGACAGCCGGCUGGUGUGCAAGGCGGACUACGAGGCGGCCAAGCAGCGAGAGGCCGAGGCCACAGCCAAGCGGCCACGAACGACCAUCACGGCCAAGCAGCUGGAGACGCUCAAGAGCGCCUACAACACAUCGCCCAAGCCCGCGCGCCACGUGCGGGAGCAGCUGUCGUCCGAGACGGGCCUGGACAUGCGCGUCGUGCAGGUGUGGUUCCAGAACCGCCGCGCCAAGGAAAAGAGGCUCAAGAAGGAUGCUGGCCGGCAGCGGUGGGGCCAGUACUUCCGCAGCAUGAAGCGCGCCCGCGGUGCCCCCAAGUCCGACAAGGACAGCGUCCAGGAGGAGGGGCCGGACAGCGACGCCGAGGUCUCCUUCACGGAAGAGCCAGCCAUGGCGGAGAUGGGCCCCACCAACGGCCUCUACGGCAGCCUGGGGGAGCCCACCCCGGCCUUGGGCCGGCCCUCAGGAGCCCCCGGCAGCUUCCCGCUAGAGCACAGAGGCCUGGCCGGCCCCGGCCCGGAGCAGUUCCGGGAGCUGUGCCCCGGCAGCCCCUGCGGUGUCCCCCCCUCCCCUGCAGCCCUGCAGAGCCUCCCAGGCCCCCAGCCGCUCCUCUCCAGCCUGGUGUACCCCGAGGCCGGCCUGGGCCUCGUACCCCCAGGGGUCCCGGGGGGACCCCCGCCCGUGCGAGUGCUGGCUGGGAACGGACCCAGCUCCGACCUGUCCACGGGGAGCAGCGGGGGCUACCCCGACUUCCCCGCCAGCCCCGCCUCCUGGCUGGACGAGGUGGACCACGCCCAGUUCUGA